AUGGAGGAUGAAAGGUCGAGUCUCCGUUGUAAAUAUAAAGGAAUCUUUGGGAGUCCAGAAGAACCAUUUUUCAAUGAUAAGAAUUAUGGAGUAGCCCCUGAUAUUCUGAAAGAAUGGUUAAUAGAAUUAAAUCUUAGAAAUAAAGAAGUUAUCGAGAAUGCUGAUUUAAAACAGGAUUAUUUCUACCAUUCCGAUGCAAUCUGUUUUAUAUUUAAAACGUGUGAAAACUUUAAACUACAAAAUAAUGUAAAAUACCACGCAGCUGAAUUAUUCGAGAGAUUUAUGCUUAAACACGUUCAAGAUCUAUACGAGCAUCUACGAACCACAGAACCUAAAAAUAAACUGUUGAAAUGGGAGGAAAUAUUGGCCAGGAUACAGAAUCAAGCCUUGCUACGUCUUGUGUCCUGUUGUCAGAUUUCAAGUAAAAUGGUUUCCCAUUAUAAGCUAAGGAACAUGAUUGCGCUGACCGCGAUAACGGGAAUCUUGAUUAUAUGCCUUAUUACAUUACAUCUAGGUUAUAAUGAACCCAGUCUGAACGUCAAACCAUACCAUGCAGUAUCUAUGAAGGUGAUGGAUGUAGUGUAUUUGAAGAAACGGGAGAUAUACGAAGAGUUAUUCCUGGUUAUUACCAGACAUUUGACUCCAACCUUCCCAGAGAUGCAAUCUUUCUAUAAAGUGAAAACAGACCAGAUACUGUUGGCUAUAUCAGUAUUAGCCGCAGCAGUUUACAUUGCAGAUCGACCGAGCACAGACAUGGUGAUACAGCAACUUCAUAUGAUCACCAAACGUACCAGUGACGAUAUUUUAGAUUUUGCAACUGUGAUAGUCCAGUCGGUUAUGGAGGGCGGAGGUGAUAUGCCAAAUGUCAAGUAG